CAGAUUUUUUAUAUUAUUAUUAGAUUACCUCUCCCCUGUUCUAGGAUUACUUUAAAAUCUGUGCUGAAACAUAAAGAAAUGCAAAUACUGCCAGUCUUUAAUGAAAGUUUUAACACAGCUCUGGUUAACUCAGCUUUACACAACAUGGGAUCAUACUUCUGCUUGGUUAACGUGCAGGGGGGGUUCAUCAGCAAGUGGGAGAAUUAAUGUGGUUGUGGGGAGGUGGACUGGGGGCCGCAGGAAGGAGUUGUUGGGGGGGGGUAAAAGUGUGUCCCUUCUGCAAUUGGCUGGGGCCAUAAGUGUCUCAUUAUGCGGUGUAUUGUUCCUUUGUUGUGUCGGUGGUAUAAAUACACCCCAGCAGGCCCAUGGGGUGACAGUUUAGACACACUCACUCCUGGGGAGAGGCUGAGCAUCAGGCCGAACAGCACAAACUCUGGGAAAAGUGAGGCUGUACAAAAACUGCAGGGAACUGAAAGAGUUUGGAAACAUCGAGUUCAGGCCCUAAGCUCAAGCUGUCACAGUUUAAGAGGUUUUUUUUUUGGAUCCUUGUUUUUGUUCCUGAAUUUUCUCCCUCAGCUGAAAUGGAUUCCGAUGCUGGCUCCACCUGCAGUCGCUCCUCGUCUCCAGACCUGGUGGUGGAUGACUCUGCAGGGAGCUUCUUCUCCAAUAAGAUGUUCCAGAAGUACUGCCAAGAGAACAGAGCAGACAGCGAGGCCGGCCAAGGCAGGACGGAGCGCUGCAGCGGGGGCGGUAAGAGCAAAUCCAGAUCUGAGCUCAGCAAGGAAGAGAUGCAAGAUCAGAGGCUGAAAGUUAACAGUCGAGAAAGGAAGAGGAUGCAUGAUCUGAACCAGGCGAUGGAUGGCCUCAGAGAGGUCAUGCCAUACGCACAUGGACCCUCAGUCCGCAAGCUGUCAAAGAUCUCCACCUUGCUCUUGGCUCGCAACUACAUCCUCAUGCUUUCCAGCUCUUUGGAGGAGAUGAAGAAACUGGUUGGGGACGUUUAUGGCGGUAAUGCCGCCGUCCAGAGCCGCACAGCUCCCCAUCCCACCAUUACUCCUGCGGCCACGACCGCCCACCUCCCUCUGCAUCCUCUGGCCCAGUCCCUUCACUCUCUGGUGGGCAGCACACCUUCAGCUCUUCAGCAUCACUCAUCUUCUGCCUCCUCAGCCCCAGCUCCACACUCCCCUCCAUCAGCCGGCUUCCUGGGCUUUCACGCUCCAGUCCAGAGCCUCCUGAAGGACCCUCUCCACCUGAGCAGCUCCUACAGACACUUCCCUGGCAUGCCCUGCCCUUGCUCACUCUGCCAGCCUCUGCCCACCACUACCUCCACAUUACACAGCCUGUCUUUGAGCAAGUGAGCAGGUCUCUCUUAAAAUAGACUGUCCGGACCACAACCAGGGGACUGAUGGAAAGAAAAUGAUAAAAUGAUGGCUGGGGCCAAACUUUGUACAUACUGUAUAUAAACAUAUAGCUAUCUUUUGGGAUACAUACCGCUGCUAUUUUUUAUUAAUUUCUUCUUCUUCAUUUUUUUUUUUUACAGAAGUAUUCUAAAUGUUCUGGGGAUUUUUAUCAGAGUAGCAAAGUCUGUAACUUAUGUGAAAUAAGUGGUGAUGAAACACUGUCAAAAUGGAACUGCUGUGUCUGAUUGUGCACAAAUGCUAUUUUCCUAAAUUAAAUUUGUUUUGAUAAUAACUACUGCUGGGUGUCUUCUUUUAAAUGUGCAGUUGAUUUUUGGUUUGUGAAAAAUGUCUCUUCUUUCUCAGCUAUUUUGGAAACGUUCUGGACAUGUACAAAUACACAGUAAUAUCGCAACAAUACUACAAGGGCAUUUAUUGGUCCUUUAAAGGACAAACUUAGAAGUGCUAAAGCUGACAUUCAGGAAAAAAGGUUGUCAUUUGUUGCUAACCAGUUUCUGACAGACUAACCUCUGAAGAGCUAAAAAGGGACAGAAGGGCGAGACAAUACACCAGAACAGAAGCUGAAUGUGGUGUUCUUGAGCCUGGGGACCAUCCAUCUUCACCUCAACAGGGUGUAGGAGAUGAAAGGACGACACAGGCGCCGGGAAGCCGCGUCACUUUUGUCUGACGCAGGCAAGGGACAUAGCCAUGUCCUCAGCUCUAGGCCAGCCAUUU